ACAAAUUUGUACGGAGAGGCUCUAGGGCAAAUAUUUCCGAUGCGGAGAUUGGCGCCGACGAUCGCGUUCUUCGCGACGCUGCUCGCGAUCGCAACGGCUAGCUCGGGAUUCCAGUGGGAUGAGCUAGACGAUGAAGAAUGGGGAUUUGUGGGAUCGUCGCCGGCGUCGUCGCCUCCUCCUGCUCCUCAAUCUGACCUAGCCAGGAAGAAGCCAGCGGCGCCUGAGGCUUCUUCGUCGCCGGAAUCCAACAAGGUACAAUUUCCGCUAGAGCACGCAUUUGGAGGAUCGGAGUUUACUCGUGCUGGGGUUUUCACAGCUCGUCUGCGGCCUUCUUUUCGUGGUGGUCAAGCUCUUGGCAAGCUUCGUCUCUCCAGGCUUCCUUUGUCGGGAGCUGAAAGACAAGCAUUCGAGGAACUCUUGAAGGAGGAUGGUUUUUACACCAUCCGUGUUCCCGCUAAUCCUCUCAGUCCCGGGGCACCGUUUGUCAUCUCUUCGAUCAAAGCUAGAUGCCUGGCCAUUGCAAACUUGAAGGAGCAUCUCGACAUUCACAUGGAUCAAGGAAACAUAAUUGCCGUAGGCUACAGCGCCGGUGCCAAUUGUCCUUACCCCAGGGAGCUCAAACACCCUGCGUCAUGGACGUUUGACACUCAUAUCGUCUCCAAGGGUGGGGAGCAAGCCAAAACUGUUCUUUUCAACGAUUUUGGCCUUGGCAGCACCGCGGACGACACUCUUGGCGACGAAGCCAUGGCAGCAAUAAAGAAACCACCACCUGAGAAAUCAUUCUGGGCGAAAUACUGGAUGUACAUCAUUCCGCUCGGACUGAUCGUGAUGAAUGCAAUCACCCAAGUAGCAAACAUGCAAGAAGAACCCGGAGCUCCAGCCGGAGGAGGCCAGCAAGCCCGAGCUCCAGCCGCGGUUCGCAGGCGAUAAACAACGAUUGAAAACUCGACGAACGAUUUGCGAUGGCUACGAAAAAAUCCCGUAAGAGAAAUCUCAAGCGAUGUCUUUGUCUGCAUUAUAUUUUCCAGGAAGAAAAACUGGUUUUUUCCUCUCC